AUGGACGCACCUUUACCUUCACCGUCUGGGACUUCCAUCCGAUCUAACAAACCUUCCGUGCCGCUCCUCUCUUUGGCUCCUCCCGCUCUGGCUUUAGGCGACGAAUUGGCAGUAGGGGAACCGGGAGACGAUAACAAUGCUGGAGAGAUCUGGAAUGUUAUCACGAGAGCAGCUGAUUUAGUCAAGGAUGGCGAAAGGUUGGAAAAUCUUGCAUGGAGACAUUGGGGACAACCUAGACGUAACAUCCAAGAAACCACCAGGAGAUUAUCGAUGUCAUCUCAAGCUACCUCUGCCUCAUCUGCAUCAAUCCAUACACCCAUCGAAAAUAGUUCAAACGUUCCUUUCCUGCAUCGCACUAGGAGCGCAGAAAGGUUGACUUUCGGAGGAGCGUUGAAAUUGUUAUUGGAGAAGGAUGAAAACAAUUUCAAAGAUUGGAUUGAAGAUGCCAAGAAGCAUUCAUAUUCAUUACCUAUCCAUCCACCUCCCCCACCACCUACGAUAUCUGUACCGGAUACACCUAUUGCCAAUGUAGAAAUUAGGUUAGUCGAACCUACACCUGUACCAAGUAGAGUUGGUAGUCUGGGUGGAUCUAUGUCUACUUCGGGUCUUCUGCACUCUACCACCACCGUACCCCCUGCGUUGAAAGAAGAUGUUAUAGGUGAAGAGAGAGCUACCAUAGCUAGUACGCCAGUAGAGAAGGAGAGAGAGACAGAGAGAUACGUCAGAAUAGCUUCUAGCUCUACACCUAUUGGUACACCCCGUCGAAGUUCCAAAUUGAACUCACCAAAGAAGAAGAAUAGUAAAUUCUUCGUACAAUCUUCACCUAGUAAAGGUAGUGGAUCAGAUUCUUCACAUCCCUCUCACCACUCUCCAACCGUCCCCACCACCAUGAAGAACAAUAAUCUCAACAAUAAUGGAGCUGGUCCCAGUUUGCCUUCGACUCUGUUACCUAGUCCGAAACAUGGUCGACGAAGGAGUUCCGGAGACUCGUCAAGUGGGAAAAGCAAAUUACCAGAAAUCAAUAAUCAUAGUAACAAUCAUGCCCACGGUCAACCCCAUCCACAUGGACAUGCACAUGGCCACCAGAAACGACAUGUAUCCUUAUCUACGAUGAGAGGAAAGUAUCAUGCCGAGAAAAGAAGAAUGGCAGAGCAGCACUCCGCUAUGACCGCUGCUGCCGAGAAUGAUAAUAAGGACAACGAAGGGAGUGGUUGGGAAGAUGAAGAGGAAGAUAUGGGUGAAGAUGAUGAUGAAGAUGGAAAUUGGAGUGAUGAAGAGGAUUCACCAAAAGUCGAAAAGAUCGAUAAAGAUAAAGCUCCUCAUCAGGAUACUAGUGAAGUUUCUGAGAAGGAGCAACAUAAAGUGAAUAAUAAUCAGCAACAAAAACCAUCCUUGAAUAGGAGGACUUCUUCAUCGAAAUCUCACUCUCGAAUAACAGCGGCACCCAAGAUGGGUAGAACCACUUCGGAUGAUCACCAUGGUCAAGAUCUGUUGACUUUGUUAACGUCAAAGUCAGGUAAUAGAAGGUCUUCUCAGGGACAUUCUGGAAAAGAGAAAGAUGCUCCACCACCACCUGCGCCUACACCGCUUACGAAAAUGUCAAAGAAAGAACGACAGAAAGCUGCAGCUGAAAGAGCAAAGAUCGAAGCUGAAUUGGAAGCUCAAAGGCAAAGAGAGAUGUUCGCCAAACAACAGAUAUUUGGCAGUAGACAUAACCAGGGAUUGUUGGCUUCGGCUCUGCAGAGAGGUGCAAGUAUGGUAAACCUUCAAACUGCCACUGAUGGACAUUCCAUACGGCCUUCACCUACCCACGGUCAAUUGCCUUCUUUGGCAUCCUCGCCUGCUCCUGGACCUGCGUUAUUGCGGAGUAAAUCGGUAGUAGCGAUGCCUGUACAGACUGGAGUCAGCGUGACGAUCCCCCCGCACGCUCUGAAUCCUGCCAAGGUUAAGAAGGCUCAGAAGAAUAGUCAAGAGAAGGCAAAAGCAUCGGUGGAGUUGGAAUCUUCCUGCGACGAGGAGAGUGACGCCGACGCCGAUUACCUCAAUACUACUCAGACGAAACAGAAGCUUGCUGCUCUCGCUGCUAAACGAGAUGCCAAGACGCAAAAUCAAGUGCAAAGCAAAGCUCAAGCUCAUUCGCAAUCACCCAACCAAUCUACAAACUCCAAUGCCCAACAGCAACAGCAACAGCAACCUUUGACGCAAGCUUUACCUGCUGGACCGCGAGUGAAUGAAUUUGGAUAUGUUCAGCCGAUGACGCCUACUACUAGGAGAAGGAACAUUAUCAUGGCAGAGAUGAGUGAAUCUCUUCGUCGAAAUGUCGUACUUGAACGAGAGAAGUCCUCGGGUGGUGGCACACGAGCCCUUGGUCUAGUGAGACCACCGCCGUCAACGCAUACCUCCAAAUUACCCACUCACAGAUCAGCUAUCAACCUCACUCAGUAUUCACGUGGUGGAGGAGGAGGAGAAACGAUGGAAAGGACUUCCUCGCAUCCUGCUCGAGCCAGUCCUAACACUUCUCAACCUUCUUCACAUACCGGAGCGAUAACUACCCUACCCCCUCCUCCACCAUCAACUUCUCAAACUUCUAUGCCUCCACCACCACCACCUACCCUCGAAGGCAGUAGACGACGUACCACUCCUAAUAUACUGGGUGGUGGUAAUUUCCUUAGACCCCUGACGAGAGCUACGACCGCCCAACCUCCUCCUCCUCUUCAACCUCCACCCAAAUCACAAUCACAAGUACAAUCGAAUUUUUCGCAGAGUAGGAAUUCCAGUACGACCAAUUUCACUACGAUUGAUCCCGGGAGUCAAAGAAGCGAAUCACCUUCGAGUAUGAAUAUGGAAGCGCCAGCUAUGAUGAGAAGGUCGACGGAAGGUGAUGAUUUGCAUAGAGAGAGGGAAAGAAGGAGGGAAUUGGCAAGGAGGAGAGAUACGACUGAUACUAGUUAUAGAUUACAUGGUUGGUAA